AAUAAUCUAGGGUUUGUGGUAUGUAAAUAAAUACACUGAUACAUCAUUCUCUGGGAUGAUACUUGGGCUGGUUUUUCGUUCAAUGAAUCUUUCUAGGGUUUUCUCUUUGCCACUUUUUUUGGUUUUCCAGUGGACUGCUUUGAUGCCUACUUUGUAUUUAGUCCCCUUUCCACUUCCUUUUCCUUGUAUAAAUCUUUGACAAGAAUUUCCCUUUUUUUUUCAAGUGUAGAGGAAUUUUCCAUGGCUGGGCUUGUGAUUUUCGUUUAUAGUUGGUGUACAUUUAGUUCUGUAAGUCAUCUCUGGGUUUUCUGGGUGUGUACUAUUCUUGGAAAAUUUUGACAUUUUGAACUCUCUUAAAGAUUUAGACCCUUUCUGGUGGUCUUGUAAAAGACGGGUAGAGCUAAAUUUCUUCAGCGCAAACGCAAGGAUUUCUGGGGUUUACUACCUUCUAUUUGGAAAUGGUGAGAGGAAAGAUUGAAAUGAAGAGGAUCGAAAAUGCCACAAGUCGGCAAGUGACCUUCUCGAAGCGUAGAAAAGGGCUUCUUAAGAAAGCUUAUGAGCUAUCUGUUCUAUGCGAUGCAGAAGUUGCAGUACUAAUCUUUUCACAGAAAGGGAGGCUCUGUGAGUUCUCAAGCAACGACAUGCAAAAGACCAUAGAACGGUAUGGUAAACAUGCAAAAGAAGUGCAAGAUGACCGCGUUGAUACAGAACAAUACAUUCAGCAUCUAGUUAGUGAAUCCACUGAGAUGGUGAAGAAGAUUGAGCAGCUUGAAAUUUCACAGCGGAAGAUUUUGGGACAAGAUUUAGCUUCUUCUUCUCUGGAAGAACUCCAAGAGAUGCACAGCCAGCUGGAGAAAAGCAUUAGCAAGAUCAGGGCAAGAAAGGAUGAGUUGUUCAAGGAGCAGAUAGAGAAACUAAAAGCGAAGGAAAGGCUCUUGCUGGAUGAGAAUGCAAGUUAUCGUGAAAAGUGUAGUGAGAAGCCAUGGCCGCAUCCAACUCAACAGAAAGAAGUUGACAGAUACUUAAGCUUAAGUGGCAAGAAUUCAGAGGUGGAGACUCAAUUGUCCAUUGGACUUCCAGAACCAGAAAGGCACUGACGUUUUAGCCCCUUAUUAUUAUUAAUAAUAAUUUCAACAGUGUCAAAUAAUUGAUGAGCUUGUGUAUUAGUUAAUGAUGGCACACAGUAAGCCAGAAAUAAUAGAGGAUGAUUUGGUGUGUUUCACUAGCAUCUGAUGGAUCCUUUUUGUUUUAAAUAAUAUCAUCAUUCAACUA